UCUUGGAAACGGAAACUAUAUAAGAGAACUGUGUUCACGAUUGAUCAAAUCAUUCCUAGCAGAGAGUGUAAAUAAACAAGAUGAUAUUCUCUAUACUUAUUGCACUCAACAUUGUAACAUCUGUAUUGUGCGCAGCGGAUAAAAUUACGCUUCAUACUGUAAACCCCUGCAAGCGAAAUUCAGCCAAUUAUUCAGCUUGUUUAAAAAACGCGAUAGAAGAAUUAUGGCCACAAUUUGUUGAAGGACUUCCAGAAUUCGACUUCCCACCCUUGGAUCCAUUCUUCUAUGAUUAUAGCAAAGCCGUUUUUAAUAGGGGGGAAAUAUAUGGGGAAAUAAACGUUUUCAAUAUCACUAUUACCGGCAUAAGAAAGGCUCAUUUCUUAGCUAUAAGAUCAUAUAUUCGUGAUGACAGAUACCGUUUUGAAAUUGAUACUAAAGUACCAAGAUUGGUAAUUGAUGGUGAUAGUAAUGCGAUAGGCAGUUUAGGCGGAAUCAGAAUGGGUGGCAAAGGUACGAAAAUAAACUCUAAAUACGUUUUAUAUAAAUCAAUAAUUGAAUCAUUCGCAAGAAAAGUAGGUAAGAUGAUACUUCAAGUGUUUAGUACGUUUAGUGUUAUAGCGUUUGGAUUAUGUGUAGCAGAAGAACUCCCUGUAACUAUCUGCAAACGGAAUUCUCCUGAUUAUUCCAAGUGCUUAAAACUUGCGAUACGAGAAGCAUGGCCACGAUUUGUUAAAGGACUUCCACAAUUUGACUUUCCAUCUUUGGAUCCAUUAUCUUACGAACACGGCAACUUUGAAUUUGAUAGAGGCGAAGUACAUGGAAAUGUAAACAUAAAAAAUGUUAUUAGUGAAGGUUUAAAGAUAACUAGUUUUUCGGCUGUAAGACCGCAUUUUCUCGAUGAUGUUUUUCGUUUGGAAAUUGAUUCACGAGUACCGAAGUUGUUUAUUAAUGGUGAUUGUGAGGCAGAAGGUAGAAUAGGCGGAUUUAGAAUGGGUGGAAAAGGAUACUUUAAUCUAACCUUAGAAGACAUCAGAGGAACAUGGGAUUUAACAGGGCAUGUAGCAAAUGAUACAUGGACUGUAGAACAUUUCCAUUUUCUUCCGACAGUUGGAAAUAUGAAAAUCUAUUUGAACAAUUUGUUCGAUGGCAAUAAAGAACUCAAUGAUCUAGCCAUGUUUUUUGUAAACGAAUACUGGCCGACUCUAUAUCGAGCGAUGUUACCAAUAACAUCCGAAAAUUGGAACCCAUGGUUGACCGACUUGUCUAAUCGCUUUUUUUCGAAGGUUUCCUUCUCGAAAUUAUUUCCAUAAAAUUCUAGCAUUUACCUCCGGCAUAAAUUAGAAUUUAAAAUAUAUUUAGAUUCAUGGAGAUAAACAUAAAAGUUGUAUAAAAAUUUCGAUACGCACACAUACACGUCCAUCCAUUUAUUUAACAAUAUUAAUUUUAUUAAUUUUCUAAUUAGUUUAACUUUUCUUCAGUUUUCUUGGAAUUUUUGAUUUGCAACUUCAACACAUGGAUUUCAAUUACGUAAAUUUGUUUUGCCAACUCCUUACUUUAAUUUCGCGAAAUGGACUUUUCUGGAAGAUAAGGAUUAAGAAUAUUGAUCUCCUGCAACUUUAGCAAAGAGUGCCGCAUUUGGUGUCGUGUUUGUCGUAUCUACACACUUGCACUAUUUCCUUCUCCUCGUAAGGAUUAAUUGGUCGCAAACAGGGAUCGUGCGAAACUUUGCUCGUUCAAUUUACACUGGAGAGCCGACAUGUAUACGAACGCGGAGACGCGGACGCGGUCAUGCAAUUUUCAACCGCGACAGGAAAUCAAGAUCUCUUUCGGGUAUAGUGCCUCCCUCCCCUCCGUACGCGCUGAUAUUUUUGUCGUUAUAUCUCCAGAAAAUAAUCGGAAAAAUAAAGGUGGAAAGAAAGCGUGAGAAAGAUAGAAAUCAAGAGAGAAAUAAAGAGGCACGGACUUUGUUGCGGACGAAAAGUCAAGAGGAGAAAGUUGAAAUACGCGCCAAGAGCGCGGGAAGUUGUCAAACUUUCGCAUCAGGGAAUUCUUUCCGGGCUCCUCGGAAUAUCCGUAAUAAAGUUAUAAACU